GAGGCUGUAGCGCUGUAGGAGGUUCUACAAUUGAGUGCUCUAGUACUGGUAUUGCGCGGUGCGUUACGCAGUGCCGCAGCACGUAGCGCCGCCGGCGGCAAGCAGCAGACAGCAGCGUCUGCUACAGCUGUGGUACAUGUGUUAUACAAGGCUCGGCUCUGCUUCUUUUUUCGCCAAUUCUUUUUUCGUUUUUAAAUAAUGGAUUUAAAUAAAUUAGGACUUAGCAAACAAACAAGAGGUAAAUUUAAAGGUCGGUUCAUGAAAAUAAAAAGUAGUGAAAGAAAAGAAAAAUCUGUGCAAGGUGCAAGGAAGGCGUUGGAGGCGAAGAAAAGAAAAUCUACUGAGCCUGAUGAAGAAGAGGUAGGAGCGGCGAAGUCUAUGAACAUCUCAGGCAGCCGGAUUGUCAACAUUGAAACUUUAAAAAAUAAUAUGUGGUGCUAUGCGUGUCAAAUACCCCUAUCAUUCAAAAAUGUAAUUGCUGAACAGCAGAAAGGAUUAGUUAGCUUUUUCACUAUUGCCUGCACUAAGUGUAAACUGAAUCACUGCAUAAAAACCAAUGAAAAUGAAAUUAACGACCAGCUGGCCCUAGGAAUGUUAGAUACAGGGACAGGAACAUCACAGAUCAACUCACUGCUAAGUACAUUGGACAUCCCUACUGUAUCUAAAACAACCAUGAAGAGACAUGAAAGGAUUGUAGGAGUUGCUAUCGAAGAUGUAGCAAAGAACUCUUGUGUUGAGAGCAUACUUUUAGAAAAAAAAUUAGCAGAAGAGAAAGAAAAUUCCUGCAACACUAAUAUAUCUUCAACUACCUCGAAGACUUUAUUGAAAGGGUCGUUUGACGGUGCCUGGCAAAAACGUGGAACCGGUCACGCGUAUAAUAGUUUGUCCGGUCAUGCAGCCGUUAUAGGAUACCACUCGGGGAAGAUAUUGUCUUAUGCUGUCCGCUCGAAAGAUUGUCGAUUGUGUGCACUUGGACAUGAACCACAAGACCAUGAUUGCCGUAAAAACCAUACUGGAUCGGCUAAAUCGAUGGAAGCCAGUAUGGCCGUGGAGCUUUAUACGAAGAAUGUUUUAUUGGAAGAUAAUGGAGCUGCUUUGAAUGUUUUUAUCGGCGAUGAUGACUCGAGCACGAUUUCUGCUAUCCGUAGAGAGAGCAGAGUGGUGAUCGAUAAGUGGUCCGAUUUCAAUCACACAAAAAAAAAUUUUGUUAAUGAUCUCUACGAACUGAAAUUAUCGAAGGCCCUAAUUGAAUAUUUCUCUUAUAAAUUCUCGCUCGCAAUUAAAAUGAAUAAAGGCGACGAAUUGGCCAUAAAAAAAUCUUUAGAUCAAAUAGUUCCUCAUGCAUUCGGAGAUCACUCCGUAUGCUCUGAUGAUCGUGGGUGUAAAAUUAUGGGCGAUACUUACGUUUACUUGUUUCUGCCGCGUAGACGAUGUCUGACCGAUCUAAAUUUGCGCGCAGAUCUAACAUCAAUUAUCGCUAGGUUCUCGCAAAAUGCCGCGAAAAUAGCCCAGUGUGGGUCAACUCAAGCUAAUGAGUCAUUUAAUAAUUUAGUUGCCUUGAAAAACCCAAAAAAUAAACAUUAUGGUGGAUCAUCAUCGUUAAAUUUUAGAGUGGCUGCGUCUGUGUGCCAAAAAAAUUAUGGAUAUGAUUACACAUCGAGAAUUUUACAACGAUUAAAAGUGAAAUCAAUGUUUAUUUCCGAGCAAUACAGACUAAAACAAAAAAAAUUAGCUAUGCAAAACAGCGCGCGCAAGAGCUCCAAUAAAUUCAAAAAAGGCCGUCAGUCUUUAAAAAAAGUAAGGAGCAAUGAAAGUUCCAAGUCAAAGAAAAAAGAAGGCACAUCGUACAAGAGUGGAAUGGGCCUAUAUGAUGUGUCCGAACUAAUCGAUUCAAAUCAAAAUAUAUUGAUUGUGGACGAAUCACUUCCUCCAUUAGAUGAGUGUCACAUAGUUUUGUUCGACUUAGAGACAACUGGACUAUCGAUCUACGACGACAUCGUACAGAUAUCAGCUGUCAACUCUUCCAAUGAAGUAUUCAAUUGUUAUAUUUCUCCGUCAAGACCGAUGACGAAAAAGGCGUCGCAAGUUACAGGCUUGACCGUGAUAGACGGAGAUCUAUACUUUAGAGAUGAAAAAGUCAAUACAGUAUCAGCCGAAAGCGGUGCUGAUUCGUUUUUACAUUAUAUUGAAAAUUUGAAAGGUCCUGUGAUUUUAGUUGCGCAUAAUGGUUUUAGGUUUGAUACUCCGAGAAUAAUAAAACUAAUUUCAAAAGUACAAAAGAUGGAACGAUUUUGUCUUUCCGUAAAAGGCUUCAGCGACACACUGCCUAUUUUCAAAAAAAAAUUGCCCGAGAGAGUAAGAGCAAAAGAAAAAUUCAAAAUAUCAGCUCUUGCAGAAAGUUUCUUACCCAAUGUAGAUAUAGGUUGUUUGCAUAACGCAAUUGACGAUGUGAGAGUAAUGAAACAAUUACUCGUUCAUCAAAAAAUCGAUGACGAGCUUUUAUACAAAUAUGCCAAAAGUAUUUCAUCCAUACAAAAUAGUGCCGCUAAUGAAGAAAUUAUAAAAAUGAACAAAGCCACUCUUGAGAUUUUCAAAAAUGACUUCUCAAACCAAAUGUUAAAAAAAAUGGCAUCGAAUGGCAUAAACUACAACAUUUUAAAAGAAUGUUAUGAAAAAAAUGGUCAAGAAGGCAUUUUAUUUUUAUUUACAGAAAAUGUGAAUGAAAAACCACGAGUCACUAAAGAUAAAAAAAUUUUAGAUACUGUUAAGUAUAUAAUUCUAACAGAAAAAUAUCCUCAAAAAAUAAGCCAACAAAUGAUAAACAUAAUUCAGAGAAUAUAUUUUAAAUGGUCAUUAGAUCAUUGUUACAAAAUGUCGAGCACUUUUACCAGGAAUGAAGAUUGGCGCGAACACAACGGAGCCGUUUAUACAAAAGCUCACAACUCGCGCUCGUUCGCGGGUUAA